GCACCGAGGAGACACCACUCCAUAAGCAUGACAGAGAGGGGCAAACAGCAGAGGCAUACACUCCUGUGCAACUAAGAGAUCCAGGGACAAGGUGCUGGGAUAGAGCAUCGUGCACACAUGGAGACAUUCAACAGUGACCGGCUCUUCUGCUGCCCAUGGCUGCGCCACAGAGUACCCGUGGCCUACAGAGAUGAGCUUUACCAUAUCCUCAGGAUGACUGUGCCAGUGUUGAUUACUCGAAUUCUUGGAUACCUGCUCCCCUUUGUGAAUACUAUAUUCUGUGGACGUUUGGGAAAUAAUGUCAUGGCUGGCUAUGGUCUGGCUUGUGCUGCCAUUAAUAUAACAACAGCUUCAACAGGGUUUGGUCUGGCAGUGGCCUGUGAUACGCUGGUGUCUCAGACUUUUGGGGGUAAGAACCUGUUGCGUGUUGGAGUGAUUCUGCAGAGGGGCAUUCUCAUCCUGAUGCUCUUCUGUCUGCCCUGCUGGGCCCUGCUCAUCAACGCAGAGGCCAUCCUCCUCUGUCUGGGACAGGAACCCGAGGUUGCCAGAAUAGCCCAGACCUAUAUGACAGCCUUUAUUCCAGCAGUGCCAGCCAUGUUUCUCCAGCAGCUGCAGGUCUCCUAUUUACAGAACCAGGUUAUUAUCCUGCCUCAGAUGUUCACAGCUGUUGCUGCAAACAUAGCCAGUGCACUAACAAACUACAUUCUUGUGUUUUGGCUGGAACUGGGCAUCAGUGGUUCUGCAGCAGCCAACACCAUGUGUCAUUUCUAUUCCUGUGGGUUCCUCUUUAUUUAUAUUCGGUGGAAGAAAGUACACACUGAGACAUGGGGAGGUUGGUCUAUGGAGGCACUGCAGGAGUGGGGUUCUUUUAUGAAACUGGCCAUUGCAAGUACAGUGAUGAAGUGUGCAGAGUGGUGGGUUUAUGAGUUUGGAGGGUUCUUUGCAGGAAUGGUGAGUGAAAAUGACCUGGCUGCCCAACAUGGAGUCAUAAUGAUAGCGUUCAUUACAUACAUGUUUCCUAUGGGAAUCCAAGCAGCCACCUGUGCUCGAGUAGGCAAUGCACUGGGAGCAGGGAACACUUCUAGAGCCAAACUAACUGUGAAAGUCUCCUUUGGACUCGCAGUUAGCUUUGCCAUAGUUGAAGGUACUGUGCUGGCCUCUACUAAACAUGUGAUUGGAUACAUUUUUACCAAUGAUGAAAAAAUAGUAAGCCUGAUCUCAUAUUUGAUGAGUGCCUACUGUUUCCUACAGAUUUUUGAUGGCAUUGUGUGUGUGUGCACAGGCAUCUUUGUGGGCACAGGGAAACAGAUGAUCCCAGCUGUGGCUAACCUCAUUGGAUACUAUGCCAUUGGACUCUCAAUGGGAAUAGUACUCAUGUUUGUAGCAAAACUACAGACGUUAGGGUUUUGGCUGGGACUGUUAAUUUGUGUUUGUAUACAAUCCACCUUCUAUGUCAUCAUCAUCAUCUUUAAGCUGAACUGGAAGACAAUAACAGAUGAGGCGGUAAAACGGGCACGCAAAACAACUCACCUGGCCCUAUUAAAUGAAAAAAUUGUAUUAGAAACUACGAGUAAUGACAAUGCUGUACAGACGUCUAGAACUGUUAAUACAGCAGAUGGCUACAAAGCUACAUACCUAGAAGGUGAUGAGGCAGUGAAACCAAUAGGUCAUCAGGGGAAAGGUGCUCUGUCCCCCGGUCAGCUGCUGCUCAGACGUGGCCUCGUGGCUCUGGGGGCUGUGGCUAUUCUGGCUCUGGGUGUGUCUGUGCACUUCCUGGUACCUCUUCCUGAAUCACACUCCUUACAGAUUAACUCCACUUUGAACCAAGUCAACACAACUGACCCCUCCACACUGUUGUUUCCAAUCCAACAACAGUGAAGUAAAUACUGUGAUUAUGAAUAUGAUUAAGUUAAAAAUUUAACCCUUAUCCUAUGCCACUGUGAGUUCAAAAUAACAAAUGAAAAAUUGUUGAAUUUGCUAAAUGCUAUUCAAACAGUUUCCUAUGUGCUGCAAAAAGAAACUUACAAGCAUAAAUCCUCUUAAUACAACAUAACAAAAAUAAUAAUUUGUUAUUUCAGUGUAAUGUAAUAAUAUUCAUAUUUCAUUGUCAGUAUUUGUAUAUCUUGAUAAAUUAUGUAUGUUUAGUUUUUUUAUGUACUUUUGUACAAU